CCUACUUUGGAACAAAUACCAGUCAUCGAUCUCCCCCUCUUUUUUUUACCUCCACCUCCACCAGUGACUCUUCAUUACACAAAUUAAAUAUUAUUAACUGAUUCCAAAGGUCACCCAAUUUUGAGACCAAAAGUCUUUGUCUGAGCAGAGUAGUGCGCUCCAAUUAAUUCUGUUACAUAAAAAAACUCCUUCAAACGUCUCCUCCUCGUUUCAAAAGGUGGAAUUUUACUUUGAAAAGAUGACAUUUUCUGGUACUCCUCCUCCACCCCACUCAACAUCUCCGCCUAUUCAUCCCGAGCUGGAAAAUGUCCUUGGUUUGACUUACUCCCCUUUGAAGGCGGAGGGGGAGGGCUGGUGGCGGCUUAUGGAAGGAGAUCAAAUCCCACUCUCCUUCCCAUCCGUGUCGAUCUCUUUGUGCCUCAUGGUUAUCGGACUCCUCGCAAAUUUUGGGUUGGUUAUCGUCAUCAUAAAAUCCCUCGUUUGCUGGACAAAGGUCGUUUCAAGGAAAAAAAAAUUGGGCUUAUUUGGGAAUUCUAAGAAGGCUUCGGCCAGCAAAUCGGUCUAUGUCGCGAUGAGGAGUGAAGGUGAACAAGCCCAACCUGUUUCCGAGACUCGGAUCCAAUUCUAAUUGUCAAGGCCAGAUGAGGAGGAGACGUGGAUGAAAUGAAGCCGGAGAAGAGAUGCGAUGAGGAAACAUUAUGAUGAUGGACGUAUUUACUACCGAGAACUCUGAGGAUAAUGUUUGACAUUUGCAAGUCCAUCCAUCCAUCCGUCUCCCCGACAAACGAAAUGAAACGAACUGUUCAAACAAAUCAAUUUUUAUUAGGCUGCUAAACUAACUUUAUGAUACGUACAUACACAAAGUAAAAUAGGGUACAAAAGAAUUCGCAAUCGUAAAUAAAUAUAUACAUCGUUUGUAAGUUUGGUCUCUUUUUCUCGCAGAAAAUAAAUACGUACAAUAAUAAAUCGUAGUAAACGUAAUGUAA